AUGCCGAACCGAUACAAGAGACAGCCAGGUAGUCGAUCGUAUCGAAACUUCUCAGAUGAAACUUUACAAAAUGCAAUUACUGAAUUGAAAAAUGGUAACUCAAGCUAUAGACAAGUUUCAGCAAAAUAUGAAAUUCCUAUAAGUACGUUAUGUAGGAAAUAUAGCAAAAAAAAUAUGAAGAAAUGGGGUGGUCAAAUAAGUUUGACAUCUGAUGAAGAAGAGGCAAUUGUAAGUACAAUACUAUAUGCUGCUGAUUGGGGCUACCCAUUUGAAAGUGUUGAUGUUAGAUUGUUGGUCAAAUCUUAUUUAGAUCGACAAGGAAAAAAAAUUAAAAAAUUCAAUAAGAAUUUGCCUGGCCACGAAUGGUAUAAUCUUUUUAUUAAGCGACACUCUUCUUUACUAAAACCUAGGCUAGCUGAAAAUAUUAAAAGAUCUAGAGCAGCUGUAUCAAGAACAGUCAUAAAUGCAUAUUUUGAUAAUUUAGCAGUAACUCUGGAAAACAUUCCACCACAAAACAUUGUUAAUUAUGACGAGACAAAUUUCAUUGACGAUCCUGGUAGAACAAAAGUUCUGAUUCGUAAAAAUGCAAAACAUGCUGAUUCAAUAAUGGAUUCAUCAAAAUCUGCAACAUCUGUCAUGUUUUGUGUAGAUGCAUCUGGAGGCAUGUUACCGCCAUAUGUAGUUUAUAAGUCCCUACAGAUGUGGGAGCCAUGGACACUAGGUGGACCAGAUGGAUGCCGUUACAAUAGAUCACCUUCCGGCUGGUUUGACCAAUCGAUUUUUGAAGAUUGGUUCCAAUCUAUCAUCAUUCCUCACUUUCGUCGAUUAGAGGGUACAAAGGUCGUUAUAGGUGAUAAUCUAGCAAGUCACAUUUCUGUGAAUAUAGUCAAGUUAUGUAAACAACAAAACAUUAAAUUUGUAUUUCUGCCAGCCAACAGCACACAUUUAACCCAACCACUUGAUGUUUCUUGUUUUCGCCCCAUGAAAAUAGCUUGGAGGAAGGUGCUAAAAGAACAUAAAUUAAAAAAAGAGGCCCGCUUACCAAAGAUAUUUUUCCUAAAAUACUAA